UGCAGGGUUACUCUGGCACGUGCGACGGACGGCGUGUCAAUGACGUUGGCGGGGCUCACCAAGGUGGAGGGCAUGCAUUCCAUGUGCGACGCCGUGCUCAAGACCAAGGGCGCCAUUGGCUACGCGUUCACCGGCGGCUGCAGCGUCGUUCCGAACAAGCGCGUGGUCGCUGCUCUCAAGAACGCCAAUGGCCUGGCAGUCGCGCCCCCGUCAAGGAACCCUGCGCUUGCCAUCCCCACCACCCCUCCCGCCGCGCCCGACGCGUCGUGGGCGAGUGUGGACUUUAUCUGGAAAGCCGGAGCCAAGACGCCUCCCAUGGUGUCCAUGGAGUUUGCUUUCAUCAAGAAGUCGCUCUCUGGCGCAAUCGGGAGAAUUUCCAAGGCGUUCAUGCAGUUCAUGGUCGGCAAGGUGUCCAAGGGUGCGUAUGGGUUCAAGGCGGUGCCUCCUGCUUGGCUGAACCCGUCCGUGACCAUGGUUAACAAGAUUGUUGUUGGCGCGUAG